UACAUUCUGAUAGAAAGCAGCGGUGAAAUUUUAGUGAUUUAAAUUUAGGGAGUUUUGUUUUUGAUGGCCCUUGUCAAUUUCGUCUUUUUUGGACAAUAAUACUUUUUGGUCUUAUGUUUUAGCCAUCUGAAAACGUGUUUGUCUUUUGUCGAGUUUUUGUUUUGUUUUCGUCUCAUUGUAGUGCCAGUUUACUAGAAAUGUUUUCAUCUGUAAAAGUUUAAAAAAAAAAAAAAAAAAAAACUCAAAACAUUAAUAAUAGUUUCCAUAGACUUCAUAAUGUAUUGACAGGGCGCAGGGCCGAUUAAUAGGGGGCCUAUGUCCGUCAAAGCUGACCGAGUGAAAACACAAUGAGCUUUUUUCCGUUGAAAAUUCUUGUGAAUAAAUGCUUAAAUCCCUGAAUUCUUACUAUAAAUGUAAAACUGUCUCGAUUCUUGGUUAAAAACAAAAAAAAACUGCUGGUAGUAUUUAUGCAAAUAUUUCGAACUUUUAGGCUAGUCAGGAGAUUAACGGCAGCCAUAUGUAAACAGAGCUUUUUCCGUUGAGAAUUUUCUUGUGAAUAAAUGCUUAAAUCCCUUAAUUCUUUAUAGAUAUGGACGUAAAACAGUCUUGGUUCUUUGUUAAAAGCAAAAAAAAAAAAAAAAAAAACGUGCCGGUAGCAUUUCUUUUACGUAAAUGUUGCGAACUAUGAGGCUAGUCAGUUGGGAAAUUAGCGGCCGCCAGAUAUAAACAGCUUUUCCAGUGAAUACUCUAGUGAAUAAAUGCUUAAAUCCCUGAAUUCUUUAUAGAUAUGGACUUAAUAGGACUUUAAUAGGGAGUCCUAAUGUUUUCAAAUGACUGUACAGUAUAAGAACAGUCAAAGUAAUGUCAACGUGUUACGAAUGAAAAUACCUUUGUUUUUAGCUUGUUUUCGAAUACUAGGACCUUUGAUACACUUAGCCGUAAUCUCUGGGCAUCGAAUGCUUGUGUUGGAUGUGCCACCGCCGUGUGAGCGUACAAUUGUUCCCGGUGUUUGCGUUGAGGUGGCUGAGGUAGUGCAGAUAAGCGCCUGGACAGAGACAAACCCCCAAAAAUACAGAGCUAUGUACAGAUGAUAUUGGAGAGGAAGUUUGCUUAGCAAAAUAAUGGCAUAUGGUUUGCUUUCUUCGAGUUUAUUUGCCAGAUUAAAGGUUUAUUAUAAUGUAUGAUAUUGUCAAACACCUCAUAUGAAAAUUUAAGUGUAUCCUAAUGGGAGUUCUAAACAAGGUUCAGGUCAAUAUGUCUUGCCAACAUUCCUCUGACCCCUGAAACGGCACGUGACCAAGAGAGGCGAAUCCGCCGCGAGAUCGCCAACAGCAACGAGCGGCGGCGCAUGCAGAGCAUCAACGCCGGCUUCCAGUCGCUGAAGACGCUCAUCCCGCACAGCGAUGGCGAAAAGCUCAGCAAGGCCGCCAUCUUGCAGCAGACGGCCGAGUACAUUUUUACACUAGAGCAGGAGAAGACGCGACUACUGCAGCAGAACAGCCAACUCAAGAGAAUCAUACAGGAGUUGAGCGGCUCCUCCCCGAAGAGGAGGCGCGUGGAGGAGAAGGACGAAGGCAUCGGCUCGCCGGACAUCCUGGAGGACGAGAAGGCGGAGGACCUGCGGAGGGAGAUGAUCGAAUUGAGGCAGCAGCUGGAGAAGGAACGCUCCGUAAGGAUGAUGCUGGAAGAUCAGUUGCAGAUGCGCUCCCUGGACGCUGACUCGUACCCGGAGAAAGUGAAGCAGAACCUGGCGAGUGUGCAGCAACACAAGCAGCUGGAGAAGGACCAUACACCUUCCCACAGCCCACGGGCACUCGCGCCGGCUACCCCUCCCGCACCCACGCACCACGCCACAGUCAUCGUUCCCGCGCCCCCUCUCCAGCCACCGUCGCAUCAUGUCAACGUGGUCACCAUGGGCCCGUCGUCAGUCAUCAACACCGUCUCCACGUCCCGACACAACCUGGACACAAUCGUUCAGGCCAUCCAACACAUUGAGGGCACCCAAGGCAAAGGCGGGGGUGAGGAGGAACAGCGGAGGGCGGUCAUCGUCAGCUCCGGGCGCGUCCAUUCCGACAGCGACGAACCGGACGACUGCUCCCUGCCAUGAGUUCCUCACACACACACGCAAACACCCUAACACAUCCCAAAACACAGGAAUUGGACUUUAAACAGGGCUGGUAGACUCAUUGAAGCACUCUUUUUCUACACAUUUCCUUACAGUAUAGUAAGCCCCUUGGUCAUAUCUCUUUAACUUAUAGAAAGGUUAUUAGAGCAGCUACUUGACAUGACUGAUCUUAUAAAUACUCUCAUACUGGAUGUUACUCGCUCAAGCUACACGUCUUUGUUUUUGUUUUUUGUUUUGUUUUUGCGCCGCCAAAAGAAAAUUCCUCCUUACGACAGGGAAGGAUGGAGUACUCUUACCGCUUUUGUCUUUUCAUCAUUAUUACUGGGCUGGCUUCCCGGUAAAACCUUUUCCACGUUCAUUUUUGGGAUUUUCCACCCAUAAGCUAACUAAACACGCCUUUGAAGGACUUUUAAGAAAAUGUCCUAGAUCCUGAUUUGCGCUUAGUUGUACGGCGGACUCUGGAAGUCUAUAGCAGUGCAACAUGAUUACUGUACAAUCACAAAUGCUCGUUUCGGAAAAUAAACGCUGAGAAUAAUCACGGCAACGGUUGAAGCUUGGCGUCUGAAUAAGAAAAUUCCACAAACGUCUUUGGAGAUUAUUCCAGAACACAGGUGUGGAAUUGAUUGCCGCUAAUGAAAAUCAAAUGUCUUAAUCUGACCAAAUUUGAAAGUCACAACAAUUGGAUCCCAUUAAUGGUGAUAGACUAACCAGAGUUGCUCCAACAUUGAACAUUUUAUCAAUAUGUAUUCAUAAAUUGCCAAGUGUAACUGGUGAUGUUUGUCUGUGUUGUGUCGCGGAUUAAUAGCGAUGGGAGGCAGGACCAUUGUGGCAAUUGCUCUGACAAAAGUUCACAAAAAGAACAAAUUCGGCAUUACAAACGCGCCCUUAUUGAAAUUAAAUAACGUAAUACUUAACAUGCUUGGAAAUGAAAUUUGACAACAAAACUUUCUUUAGGCACCGUUGCCAGGGUAGAAAAAGUAUUUUUCAUAACUAAUUUGUACCCACAGUUUACUAAACUGUUGACACAGUUUAGUAAUGUGAACCAACAGUUUAGCUAUGACCCGGAAACGGUAGUCCUCAAUUUGGUUUGCUGGAGACUCCAAAAGCCAACAGACCAAACCAGCAAGGAGCUGCACAUGGGUUGCCCUUGACAAACUAAAUUGUUAAUUAAAUUGUAAAUUAAAUUGUUUUGAAAGGUAACUAAUGCACUUUUUUUUUUGGGUAGCAGUGAAUACUGUCGCUUUCAGGUUUCAUCAAUAAAUAUAACAUUUUUUUCCCCACAGUUUAGUAAUAUGUGGGUAAAGAUUAGUGAACUGUGAGAUUACUAAUCCGUACCCACAGCUCACUAAACUGUACCCACAGCUCACUAAUAUGUACCCACAAUUCACUAAUCGGAUUAGUAAUCUGUAGCAAACUAUACCCACAGUUUACUAAUCUGUACCAACAGAUGACUAAUCCGUACCCACGGAUCACUAAACUGUAUCCACAGAUUACGAAACUAUACCAACAGUUUACAAAUCUGUAUCCACAGAUUACUAAACCUCAAAGCAUCCAAAUGUACCCACACUGUACCCACAGUUUACUAAUCUGUACCCACUAAUGACUAAUCCACAGAUCACUAAACUGUACCCACAGAUUACUUAACUAUACCAACAGUUUACAAGUCUGUACCCACAGAUUACUAAACCUCAAAGCCUGCAAAUGUACCCAAGAUGUACCCACAAUUUACUCAUUUUACCCACAGAUUACUAAACUAUCAAUAGUUUUCUAAUCUGUACCCAUAGAUUACUAAACCACAAAUUAUAAAAACAUACCCACAGUUUACUCGUCUGUAUCCACGGAUCACUAAACUGUAUCCACAGAUUACGAAACUAUACCAACAGUUUACAAAUCUGUAUCCACAGAUUACUAAACCUCAAAGCAUCCAAAUGUACCCACACUGUACCCACAGUUUACUAAUCUGUACCCACUAAUGACUAAUCCACAGAUCACUAAACUGUACCCACAGAUUACUUAACUAUACCAACAGUUUACAAAUCUCUACCCACACAUUACUAAACGUCAAAGCAUCCAAAUGUAGCUACACUGGACCCACAGUUUACUAAUCUGUACUCACAGAUGGCUAAUCCGUACCCACAGAUUACUUAACUAUACCAACAGUUUACAAGUCUGUACCCACAGAUUACUAAACCUCAAAGCCUGCAAAUGUACCCAAGAUGUACCCACAAUUUACUCAUUUUACCCACAGAUUACUAAACUAUCAAUAGUUUUCUAAUCUGUACCCAUAGAUUACUAAACCACAAAUUAUAAAAACAUACCCACAGUUUACUCGUCUGUACCCACGGAUUACUAAACUGUAACCACCGUUCACUAAUCUAUACCCCCAGAUUAGUAAUAUAUUAGUAAACUGUAGUAAACUAUACCCACAGUUUACUGUAGGUUUACUGUAAACUGUAGUAAACUAUACCCACAGUUUACUAAUCUAUGGGUACAGAUUACUAAUCUGUGUGUAUAAAUUAGUGAAUGGUGGUUACAGUUUAGUAAUCUGUGGGUACAGAUGAGUAAACUGUGGGUAUAUUUUGAUAAUUUGAGGUUUAGUAAUCUAUGGGUA